AAGGACCUACAUGUGAAAUUCCUACAAAGUUAAUAGAUCGGAGAGACGCUUCGUGCAAAAACGAUCGUGUGUAUCGUCGUCGAUCGAGAGACGAAGAGAGAGAGAGAGAGAGAAAAAUGGUGAGAGAAGUAGCGGAGAGCUGUGUAGACACUAUGUUGAUGGAGAUGGUGGCGAUGUACAGCGGCCGAUUCUACGCUAACAAACCGGAACUCGCUGCUCGGAGGAUCGAAGCAAUCGGUUAUCAAGUCGGCCACCAGCUCUCCGAGAGGUACACUAUGGAAAGACCAAGGUUCAGCGACCAUCUAGAGGCAAUCAAGUUUAUCUGUAAAGACUUCUGGUCUGAGGUCUUCAAGAAGCAGAUUGAUAAUCUCAAGACUAAUCACCGGGGUACAUUUGUAUUGCAAGACAACAAGUUCAGAUGGCUAUCUCGUGUCUCGAUUGACCCUUCAUCUGAGAAGGAAACCGAAGAUCCGUCUACUCCAGGGGAAAGCAAAGCAGCACAAGCUGUGAGCAUGUACCUGUAUUUCCCUUGUGGAAUCAUUAGAGGUGUCCUCUCCAACUUGGGGAUACCUUGUGCUGUCUCUGCAGACAUAUCCAGCCUUCCCACUUGCUCUUUUGUGAUUCGGGUCAAGGCUUGAUUCUGCAUUAGCUUGAGAGUCAUCACUUUCAGAUUCCAGCUCGGCUUUAUGGUUUCAAGGAAGAUAGAGAUUCUUUGAGUCCUAAGAGAUUUAACUAAAAAGUAAAAAGCUUGUCUCAGACUUGUUUGCUGCCACUUCUGCCAAAUCUCACAACGUUAUUUGCAUUCCGACUGUAAAACAUUAUUUGAAUUCCGACUCUGGUAUAGUUUUUGUCUUUGUCAAACAUCUUUUUGUUGUUGUUGAAGUGUGAAAUCCUUCUAGAAAAAAAAAAAGAACUUAGACAUUUAUCAGUGUUACUGUUAGCACAAAAAAGACGUUAAUCAGGAA